CCCGGGAGUGGGCACAUGGGGGUGCGGGUGUGCACGUGCCAAGCGCCAUGGGUUAGGCCUGAGAUUGGAGUCCGGCCGCCCCCCGACAGCAGCCGCCUCCUGCUCCCCGCGCGCCCCAGGCGCCACCAUGUCGGGCGACAAACUUCUGAGCGAACUCGGCUAUAAGCUGGGACGCACGAUAGGCGAGGGCAGUUACUCCAAGGUGAAGGUGGCCACGUCCAAGAAGUACAAGGGCACAGUGGCCAUCAAGGUGGUGGACCGGAGGCGCGCGCCGCCCGACUUCGUCAACAAGUUUCUGCCACGCGAGCUGUCCAUCCUACGGGGCGUGCGACACCCACACAUCGUACACGUCUUCGAGUUCAUAGAGGUGUGCAAUGGGAAGCUCUAUAUCGUGAUGGAGGCGGCUGCCACCGACCUGCUGCAGGCAGUGCAGCGCAACGGGCGCAUCCCCGGGGGUCAGGCGCGUGACCUAUUCGCGCAGAUCGCUGGGGCUGUGCGUUACUUGCAUGACCACCACUUGGUGCACCGGGACCUCAAGUGCGAAAACGUGUUGUUGAGCCCCGACGAGCGCCGCGUGAAGCUCACUGACUUUGGCUUUGGUCGCCAGGCACACGGCUAUCCUGACCUGAGCACCACCUACUGCGGCUCGGCCGCCUACGCGUCGCCUGAGGUACUCUUGGGUAUCCCAUACGACCCCAAGAAGUACGACGUGUGGAGCCUCGGCGUCGUGCUCUACGUCAUGGUCACCGGGUGCAUGCCCUUCGACGACUCGGACAUCGCUGGUCUGCCCAGGCGCCAGAAGCGUGGCGUCCUCUACCCGGAUGGCCUCGAGCUGUCCGAGCGCUGCAAGGCCCUGAUCGCAGAACUGCUGCAGUUCAGCCCGUCCGCCAGGCCCUCAGCGGGCCAGGUAGCGCGCAACGGCUGGCUGCGUGCUGGGGACUCCAGCUAGAAGCCGGGGUUCCCGCCAUUCCCGCCGCCCCGAGCACUGCGCAAGCGCAGUGCACGCGCGCCAGGCGCGCUUCGGUACCCCUGCGAAGCCGACACGCGCCACUGCGCACGCACACUUCCCCCUUUUUCCGGUCUCUGGACGUCCGGGGCGGUAGUCGCCCUGUUUAGAAUCUAACUCCUCUCCCUACGAUCCCGAGAGCAGGAGGGCGCAAGCGCUUCCUCUGUUUCCCAAGAGAAGGCCUCGGGAGGGGAAGGGACGAGAAGAAAUGGAAGCAUUGCGCCAGCGCGGAAUGAGCGAUGGCUGCGGGCAGGCGUUGGCUACCUGGAGGAGCUGCCAGCGAGUGGACGCGUGUGGAGGGCGUCCUUCUCUAGGCAGCCACGCAGGCUGGUGGGGGAAGGCACACUCCGGGCGCUGCCUCCUUGGAACUUGCAAUAAACUCGCUCUUCCUCGCA